AUGUGGUGCCGCAGGUUGUCCCACCUACAAAGCGGGAUCCAGGACCUGCUGAGGGGAAGAGUCAUAUGUUGGGCACUUCAACAGCCCAGCUUCAAUAGCUUAUUUCCAUUAGCCAUCCAUUGGCACCAUACAGCCUCUAAGUGUCUGAAUUGUGCUUGGCGGCAACAUGAAGAUCAUUUUGAACUGCAAUAUGCUAACACUGUGAUGCGCUUUGAUUAUGUCUGGCUUCGAGACCACUGCCGCUCGGCAUCUUGCUACAACUCUAAGACUCACCAGCGCAGCCUGGACACUGCCAGUGUGGAUUUAGGUAUCAAGCCAAAGACUAUUCGUCUGGAUGAAACCACACUCUUUUUCACUUGGCCAGAUGGUCAUGUGACUAGAUAUGAUUUGGAUUGGCUAGUGAAAAACAGCUACGAAGGGCAGAAACAAAAGGUCAUUCAGCCUAGAAUUUUAUGGAAUGCUGAAAUCUACCAGCAAGCCCAAGUUCCAUCUGUAGAUUUCCAGAGCUUCUUAGAAACCAAUGAGGGACUGAAGAACUUUCUGCAGAACUUUCUGCUCUAUGGAAUUGCAUUUGUAGAAAAUGUCCCUCCCACUCAAGAGCACACAGAGAAAUUGGCAGAAAGGAUCAGCUUGAUCAGAGAAACCAUCUAUGGGAGGAUGUGGUAUUUCACUUCAGACUUCUCCAGGGGUGACACUGCAUACACCAAGCUAGCUCUGGAUCGACACACUGACACUACCUAUUUUCAAGAGCCCUGUGGCAUUCAAGUGUUUCACUGUCUUAAGCAUGAAGGAACAGGUGGCAGGACACUGCUAGUAGAUGGAUUCUAUGCAGCAGAACAGGUACUUCAAAAGGCGCCUGAGGAAUUUGAACUCCUCAGCAAAGUGCCAUUGAAGCAUGAAUAUAUUGAAAAUGUUGGAGAAUGUCACAACCACAUGAUUGGGGUUGGGCCAGUCUUAAAUAUCUACCCAUGGAAUAAAGAGCUCUAUUUGAUCAGGUACAACAACUAUGACCGGGCUGUCAUCAAUACCGUACCUUAUGAUGUUGUCCAUCGUUGGUAUACAGCACAUCGGACCCUAACAAUAGAGUUGAGGAGACCUGAGAAUGAGUUUUGGGUCAAACUAAAGCCUGGCAGGGUCCUAUUUAUAGACAACUGGCGUGUCCUACAUGGCAGGGAAUCCUUCACUGGCUACCGCCAACUCUGUGGCUGCUAUUUAACAAGGGAUGACGUAUUAAACACUGCUCGUCUCUUGGGGCUUCAGGCUUAAAAUUGACAGCAUUGCGAUUAUGAACACACCUGGCACCCUGGCUACAGAAUUUCAUAUCAGCGGAAUAAUGUUGUAUCAAAAUGUACUUCAAAUUGUCUCUUUACCCCAUCACACAAAAC